AGCAAAUUUAAUUUUUCGAUCACAUGCUUAUUUACUGAUUGCAGUAUAACUGGAGUUUACGCUUAUAUAUCCCAUGCACCGCAGCGAGUCGGGUCUUUUUCGGCUGGGACAAUAUGGAGACCAGCAAGUUACCAACAGUUCCAGAAACAGUACUCAAGAAACGUAAAAGGCUUGAGGAAAUUAAGGCUGCAAGAGCCAAAGCGUUGCUUACACAGAAAAAGGAAAAUAAGGACAAACGUAAGGUUAUUUUUAAGCGUGCAGAGCAAUAUGUAAAGGAAUACAGAUUGAAAGAACAUGAUGAGAUUCGAAUGAAACGAAUGGCCAAACAAUUUGGGAAUUUUUAUGUUCCUUCAGAAGCUAAACUUGCUUUUGUGAUUCGCAUUCGUGGUAUCAAUGGAGUUAGUCCCAGAGUAAGAAAAAUUCUUCAGCUCUUUCGGCUUCUGCAAAUCAACAAUGGUGUGUUUGUGAAGCUCAACAAGGCAACCUUAAAUAUGUUGAAUAUUAUUCAGCCUUAUGUUGCCUUUGGUUACCCUAAUCUGAAGAGUGUUCGUGAGUUGAUAUACAAGCGAGGAUUUGUCAAAAUCAAUAAGCAAAGAAUCCCUAUAACAGACAACUCGUUAAUUGAAGAAAGCCUUGGUAAAUUUGGUAUCAUAUGUGUCGAGGAUUUGAUUCAUGAAAUUUUUACCAUUGGUCCACAUUUCAAGGAGGCAAAUAAUUUCCUUUGGCCAUUCAAAUUAUCCAACCCAACUGGAGGUUUGAGAAAAAAGCGAAAUCAUUUUGUAGAAGGUGGUGACUUUGGAAAUCGUGAAGAUAAGAUUAAUGGUUUAAUUCGCAAAAUGAAUUGAAAAGAUAGUUUUGAUUUAAUCAAUAAAGUAUCACUACUUCUUUA